AAAUAAAGGAGUCUGAAAAUGCCGUAGAAAAGGCGAGAGACAUGAACCGUAGCCCUGGCCACAAGCUGUUGCUGAGUCUCGUAAAAAAAGGUUGCAGCCUUGUUCGACUGGCUUCCACCUGCGCCGCUGUCACUGCAGCCACAGCUUCUCCCAAAGUAGCCUCCGCCACCACUUCUCAGACCUCUGCCUCAGCCUCCGCCUCCGCCUCCGCCAUGGAUGACCUCCAGACCCUCAAAACGAAGGUGUGCAUCAUCGGCAGCGGCCCAGCCGCCCACACCGCAGCUAUAUACGCCUCCCGCGCAGAGCUGAAGCCCAUCCUCUUCGAGGGUUGGAUGGCCAACGGCAUCGCCCCCGGCGGACAGCUUACGACCACCUCCGAGGUCGAGAACUUCCCGGGCUUCCCCGACGGGAUCAACGGCAUCGAGCUCAUGGAUCGGUGCCGCAGCCAGUCCCUCCGCUUCGGCACCCAUAUUCUGACCGAGACCGUCAACAAGGUCGAUUUCUCCACCACCCCUUUCAAGAUAUUCGCCGAUUCCAUCACUGUUGCUGCCGACUCCGUCAUCGUGGCCACCGGUGCCGUGGCCAAGCGGUUGGACUUCUCAGGCUCUGGGGAGGCCCCGAAUGGCUUCUGGAACCGUGGGAUCUCGGCCUGUGCGGUGUGCGACGGUGCGGCCCCUAUAUUCAGGAAUAAGCCCCUGGCGGUCAUCGGAGGCGGGGAUUCGGCCAUGGAAGAAGCUACCUUCCUCACCAAGUACGGGUCCACGGUGUACAUCAUCCAUCGCAGGGAUACGUUUAGGGCCUCCAAGAUUAUGCAACAGAGGGCCUUGACGAACCCUAAGAUCCAGGUGCUGUGGAACUCGGCCGUCGUGGAGGCCUACGGGGACCAAACUCAGAAUAAUAGGGUUUUGGGAGGGCUGAAGGUGAAGAAUUUGGUGAGCGGGGAGGUUUCGGAUCUCAAGGUCUCGGGGUUGUUCUUCGCGAUAGGACACGAGCCGGCCACCAAGUUCUUGGAUGGUCAGCUGGAGCUCGAUUCGGAUGGUUACGUUGUCACAAAGCCAGGGACCACUCAGACCAGCGUGCGCGGAGUUUUUGCUGCCGGGGACGUCCAGGACAAGAAGUAUAGGCAAGCUGUUACCGCUGCCGGCACUGGUUGCAUGGCAGCCUUGGACGCAGAACAUUACUUGCAGGAGAUUGGAUCCCAGGAGGGUAAAAGUGAUUGACUACCUAUGGGAAUUAAAAGCUUCUCAAUUAGAAGCUGUGUUUAGUGUAGGACAAAGAAUCGCACAAGUAAUUUGUUUUCCAGUCAUUGGGAUUUUAGCAUGUUAUUGUUGAAUGCAUUAAUAGAUUAUUAUCUUUAUUUUACAUAUGAUCAAAUAUAUUUUUCUUGAUUGAUUGGUUUGAUAA